GAGCUCAGCCAUGCCGAGUACCGUGAGUUCGCUCCGACCUAUUCUGAUGUUGGUUUCAGAAUCCCUGAGGAGAGUGAUCCCAGGAACAAGAAACCAAAGCAGGAUGACCCCGACUACGCCUACGGGCCGGAUUUCUUCAGCUACAUCCAGAAACACAGCCACAACCUCGAGAUCAGAUGCAAGUACAAAAUCUCCACUCCUGACGACUACACUACACCUUGUACGACUCCUCACUCAGGGAAAGCUCAUGCGGACCUUAUUUCGUAUGAGAACCUUCAGUCCCAGCGUGCUCGUGAGAUUGAUGAGCUCUACACGCGACCUUUCGAUGACAUCGUCGUGGAGGAAUUCAUCUCGAAUCUCCCUGGACCUCCUAUCGAGGAAGUGGACGAGCCCAUGGAACAAGCCGGCGGCUCUGCCGAUGCCCCAGCGGACUCUCCCUCUGGAGAGAUGGCUGGUGAGGCAAAACAAGAUCCAGCGGACUCUCCCUCUGGAGAGAUGGCUGGUGAGGCAAAACAAGAGCCAAAUUCCAGUGAACCAAUGGAGACCGAUGCACCAGAAGGCUCUCCCUCUGGAGAGGAAUCUGGUGUGAAGGUCGAGGAGGCUGAACGUACUACCUUUCCACCUACGGCAGCCCCCGACGAUGUGCGCAUGGAUGAUGCUGGCGAGACAGGCGACCGCGCUACGGGAAGCUCUCCCUCUGGAGAAGCACCCAUGCCUGAUAUGAACUUCUCCGCCGAUGCCGCCAACGACCACAACAACCUCUAUGAGCAGGGCAUCUGGGGAAGACUAAGUUUCGAGGAUUUCGCGGGUGAGAAGGAGAAGGAAGGGUUGGCCGAUACGGUCGACUAUCAAAACUUCCGUGAAGCCUAUCACCUUAUACGGAACGAAU